AUAAUUUCGUUUUUAAAAUAUGCACCGAACCUCUUCUUCUUCUCCUCUCCUUUGUUCUCUUCUCUCUCCUUUUAUAUAUGUGGAAGCUGCAUUUAUCAAGAACCCUUUAGGAAGUGUUAGCCCCAAAGGAAUGUUUUUGGUUGAGAGAAUACAGAGAAGGAGAAGAAGAGAUUGUUAAAUUGAGGGAAAGGCGCCUAUAUAAACCCAAAUUUGAAAAGUAUUACUUUGGAAGAAGUUCCAUUAGAGCUUGAAUUGAUUCUCAUCUAAUUAUGGAGCGAGUAAUGAGUUUUGGAGGAUUAGAAGAUCAAUUUGCUCAGAUCUCAGAAACCGAAAUUGACGAGAAGAUCCCAUUUCUGCAAAUGCUUCAAUGCAUAGAACCAAUUGCUUUUAGUACUACAGAACCAAAUCAGAUUCUCCAAUCACUUCUCCAGAUCCAAACCCUAGAACCAGAGAGUUGCCUCACCCACGAAACCAUCAAAAGAGAUCCGGGUCAAACAGAUGACCCGGUUAAGGAUCCGAAAACAGAAAACGGAGCAGCAACGGUAAAAGAAAAACGGAAACGAAAACGGACAAGAGCUCCGAAGAACAAAGACGAAGUUGAGAACCAAAGGAUGACUCACAUUGCGGUCGAACGUAACCGGAGACGACAAAUGAACGAACACUUAAACUCUCUCCGUUCUCUCAUGCCUCCUUCGUUUCUUCAACGGGGUGACCAAGCUUCGAUCGUAGGAGGCGCUAUAGAUUUCAUCAAGGAGCUCGAGCAGCUUUCGCAAACUCUAGAGGCCGAGAAACAGAACGAGGGAGCUAGUGAAAACCCGAAAACGGCAUCGUCUUCUUCCUCAUCGUCUCGUGCAUGCACUAACUCUUCUGUUUCGAGCGUCUCGACGACGUCGGAAGAUGGAUUUACGGCAAGAUUCGGCGGCGGAGAGACCGCGGAAGUGGAAGCUACGGUGAUACAGAAUCAUGUGAGCUUGAAGGUUCGGUGUAAGAGAAGAAAAGGACAGAUCUUGAGAGCUAUUGUCUCCAUUGAAGACCUUAAGCUCUCGAUUUUGCAUCUCACUAUCUCUUCUUCCUUUGACUACGUCUUCUACUCUUUCAAUCUCAAGAUAGAAGAUGAGUGUAAGAUAGGAGGAUCAGCUGAUGAGAUAGCAACAGCCGUUCAUCAGAUCUUCGAGCAAAUCAACGGCGAGAUUAUGUGGUCAAAUCUUAGUCGAACUUAGUUGACUUUUGACUAUUUUUUUCUAGUGAUGUGUGUAACUUUAGGUUACAUAAAGGAAAGUAAAAUAAAUAAUUUGUGAUUUUAAUUUUUUUGGGGGGAAUUCAAUCAGUUUGAGGGCUUUUAACUUUUUAGAUUAAUCACACUAUCACAGGCCGGGUUCUACAAUUACUAAAUUCUGGCCACUACUUGAUAUCGUCUUUGUUGCUGCUUGUAAUUUUUUACUUCUCAUGUAGUAAAUGUUGACAAAUUGACUUCCAUCGUCC